CCCUCGCAGGCGCAGUGGGGAGGAGGGGCCCAGCCGCGCCCCCCACCCUCCCGCGGGCGUCACCUCAGCCCUUGCCCCGCACUUCAGCCCCCGGGGCGCGCCGCCUCCUCCCCUGUCUUUAUGUCACACCGAGACCCCCCGCUCUGCAGGCUGGGCGGGCGGAGCUGCAUCUUCAGUGCUGCUGCUGCUGAGAGGUGAUUCAUGGCAGGGGACGUGGAAGGGUUUAGCUCCGCCAUCCAUGAUACCAGUGUCUCUGCUGGUUUCAGAGCACUGUAUGAGGAGGGAUUGCUUCUUGACGUCACUCUUGUCAUUGAAGACCACCAGUUUCAGGCCCAUAAAGCCCUGCUUGCCACCCAGAGUGAUUACUUCAGGAUUAUGUUCACAGCCGACAUGAGGGAACGAGAUCAAGAUAAAAUCCAUUUGAAAGGUCUGACUGCCACAGGCUUCAGCCAUGUCCUCCAAUUCAUGUACUACGGAAACAUUGAACUGAGCAUGAACACUGUUCAUGAGAUUCUGCAGGCUGCCAUGUAUGUUCAGCUUAUAGAAGUGGUGAAGUUCUGCUGCUCUUUUCUUUUAGCAAAAAUCUGCUUAGAAAACUGUGCAGAAAUUAUGAGACUGUUAGAUGAUUUUGGUGUAAACAUCGAUGGAGUCAGGGAAAAGUCGGACUCUUUUCUGCUAGAGAAUUUUGUGCCGCUCAUGUCCAGACCUGACUUCUUGUCCUAUCUGAGCUUUGAAAAGCUUAUGUCUUAUUUGGAUAAUGAUCAUCUGAGCAGGUUUCCAGAGAUAGAGCUGUACGAGGCUGUUCAGGCUUGGCUGCGGCAUGAUAGAAGACGCUGGAGACAUACCGACACCAUCAUUCAGAACAUCAGGUUUUGUUUGAUGACACCAUCCAGUGUUUUUGAGAAGGUAAAAACAUCAGAGUUUUAUCGAUACUCUCGGCAGCUGCGGCAUGAAGUUGACCAAGCCAUGAAUUACUUUCAUAGUGUUCACCAACAACCUUUGAUGGAAAUGAAAUCCAACCGUAUUCGUUCUGCCAAACCCCAGACUGCAGUAUUUAGAGGAAUGAUAGGACACAGCAUGGUAAAUAGCAAAAUUCUUCUCUUGCACAAACCAAGGGUCUGGUGGGAGCUAGAAGGUCCUCAAGUACCUUUACGACCAGACUGCCUUGCCAUUGUGAAUAACUUUGUAUUUUUGUUAGGCGGGGAAGAACUGGGCCCAGAUGGUGAGUUUCAUGCUUCCUCCAAAGUAUUUAGAUACGACCCUAGACAAAAUACUUGGUUGCGAAUGGCAGACAUGUCUGUUCCACGCUCAGAGUUUGCUGUUGGUGUUAUUGGGAGAUACAUCUAUGCGGUGGCUGGGAGAACAAGGGAUGAAACAUUUUACUCAACUGAACGGUAUGAUAUCACUGCAGACAAAUGGGAAUUUGUAGAUCCCUAUCCAGUCAAUAAAUACGGACAUGAAGGAACUGUGCUCAGUAACAAGUUGUAUAUCACGGGGGGAAUUACUUCAUCUUCCACUUCUAAGCAAGUGUGUGUGUUUGACCCCAGUAAAGAAGGGACGGUGGAACAGCGAACGAGGAGAACUCAAGUGGUCACUAACUGUUGGGAGAACAAAUGCAAAAUGAAUUAUGCAAGAUGCUUUCACAAAAUGAUUUCCUAUAAUGGUAAGCUUUAUGUCUUUGGCGGUGUUUGUGUGAUCUUGAGGGCCUCCUUUGAGUCGCAAGGGUGUCCUUCUACAGAGGUUUACGACCCAGACACUGAUCAGUGGACUAUUUUGGCUUCUAUGCCAAUUGGAAGAAGUGGUCAUGGUGUAGCUGUUUUGGACAAACAGAUAAUGGUUCUUGGAGGCCUUUGUUACAAUGGUCAUUACAGUGAUUCAAUUCUCACCUUUGAUCCAGAGGAAAACAAAUGGAAAGAAGAUGAAUACCCAAGAAUGCCCUGCAAGCUAGAUGGUUUACAAGUUUGCAGCCUGCACUUUCCAGAAUAUGUACUGCAGCAUGUUAGACGUUGCAAUUAAAAAACAAAACAAAACAAAGAAAACCCCCUUCCAAACCCAGUGGAACACAAACUCUCUCUAAUUUGACAGGAAAACAAAGCAGAUUUAAUUAAUUUAAAGACGUUGGCUUGUAUGUAAAACAGCUAUUAGAUGCAUAAAGAAACGGGAUGUACAGGGAAUGCACCUACCAAGUUUAUUAGAAAUGCCAAUAACUGUGGUCUGGUAUUGUAAAAGUUUUUUUUUUUGCUUUUUAUUUUUUUUUAAACAAACAUUGCUGUAUGGGGGGGGUGAGGGAAGAGAAGAAAAAUCUAUUUUUCAGUGUGUUUACUUUUUUCCUCUUUUUCUUUGUGGCCUUUUAUGUCCAUGCGAUAAGUUUAUUCUGUAUAAUGGCCAUCACAGCAGCAUGCUUCUUGGAACCAGUUGAAUAUAAUGAUCUACUUAUGGGGAGAAGGGGGACAGAAGAGCGUAUAUUGUGCAUUUUAAUUUUCAUUGUGUCAAGAUAGGAUUCAGCAGCCUUACUGGGGGAAUACCUGACUUAAACUUUAGUGACAAGGGUUUCAUUUUGUUCCUUUAAGUUGUAGUGGACAUUUUCAUUUUUAUUUUCUCCAUUUAUGAGUACUCACAGUCCAGUUUGGUUUUUUAAAAUUUUGUUUUCCCGUAAAUACGUUUUAAAAUGAUCUUAACCUUUGUGCAUGACUUUUCCCUGGAUUUGUACAGUAGUAUCAGUAAGUCGGCCAAAAAAUGCAAGUUAUACAUUUUCUAUUAAAUUGAUAAUGAAGCAUUUUAUAUUCCAACACUAUUUUCUAUGCUGCCUUCUAUUGUCUGCAUUGUGUUUGUUGCUGAGUAAGAUAUAUACACACAUGCAUACACUGUAAAAUCUAUAUAUAAUGCAUCUUUUAUGUGCAAUUAGGAUAUUAUAUUUUUAACUAGGGCACAGAUUCAGCCAUAUCUGUUGAAUUUUAGAUAUAGAGCAUUCUUUCUUGAAUUAAAUAUUACAAAAUUCUUAAAUAACUGGAGGCCUAGUUUGGUAUCAAAGAAACCUAUCUUUGGUAUACACUGAUUCAUUCAGUAAUAUUUAAACUCUUUAUAUUAAUAAUAUGUAAUGAACUGUUAACAGUUUGACAUUUUAUAUAUUAUUUUAAAAAAGUAAAUACACUUUACGCAGUUACAGUCCUUCACUUUUGAAUGUGUUGCCUUGUUUUUAAUAAAAAUCAGAAAUGUAUCGGUAACCAAGCAUGAACACUGCACUAACAUGCAGUUUUUUGUCAGACCUGGAUAUACUAUUAUUUUUAGCAAUGGCAUCGCUUGUAGUUGUGUUGAAGUGAUGUAAUCUAAUAUUUUUUUGAAGCAUCAACUGAUGUGAACUGCUGUGUUCUAAAAAUGUGGGGUUAGGCAGUUGGGGACAAUGUUUACCAUGUCUGUAACCUUUAAAAUACAAACCUACAAAGCUAUAGCUACUGACCUCAUACUUCCUGAAAUAAGACUUGUGAUCCAAGAGGGCUUGAAUAACUGCACCAUGUUUGAGCACUUUUUGUUAACUUGUUGACUUUUACUGACUGUAGAUUGGUGAGACUAUCCACCAAGAUAAACACAAUUAUAAAAGUAAAGCAUUAAAAUCCUAGUUCUUUCACACUGAUGUGAAAUUAGCCUCUUCUGGAGUCAAGAGGGAAAAGAUUUCCUCUCUAAAAUUUGAGACCAACACUGAGCUCAGAUAUGCAGGGACAAACUGCUGAGAUAUAAGCUUGCAAAAUCAUCUGCUUAUGUGAAACUCUGUAGCAUUAGAUUUUACAAGAUAUGCAGUAAUGGUUGAGAAUCCAUUUCUGUUUCAGCAUCUCCCAGCCAGAAGUCACUGUAGAAAAGGAAUGUACAGUACUCAGGGAGUUGAAAACAAUGCACUGAUAAGGGACCAAAUACACCCUAAAUUUGCUGUGAUAAAUGGUGACAAGUUUGUUUGGCUAAACAAAAUUAUAAAUUAAUAAUGGAUAUUAAAAUGUUUCGUGAAAUGCACCAUGCUCACAUAUAAUGGUAUCUUUGUUUUCUUGCAGUAAUGUUCUUUCAAGUUCUGGAUUGAGAGAGAUGGGAGGACAUGAAGUUAAAUUGCAAGUUAGCAGAUUUUAUUUUUUUAAUUAGCAAUAAUAUAGCAAAGCAGAGUUGAUAACUGUAAUCUUUGAUCAAAAGAGAGAAUUUACACCACCAUAGCUGGAAUGAUAAAGGAUGUCUAAGCCAGAGAUGGCUGGACCACAUGUUCACAUUCAGUCUUCUGGUGCAGACCACAGGUUGCAGUUCACUAUAAUUCUUUGCUCAUUAUUUUCCUAUAUUUUUCAAUUUACAAGUACAGAAUUUAAUUUUUUUUAUUUUAGUAAUCUGAACUACAGCCUUUUUGGUAUAAGACAAGGCACCAACCUUGCCAUGAGAUGUGUGCAGAUGGAGCCCUGCAGCCGGGCGGGCCACCGUUGACUUUGAUGGGCCCUGUUCAGGUGCAGGGCUUCUGUGUUUUGUAUAUUUCAUUGCAGAAUCAGGGUUCAAGACAAGUUAUCUUAUUUUUACUCCUGUUUUGCUCUUUUUGUUACUAGCCCAUUUUCUGGCAUGUUAUGUGAAUGGGGCAGUAAAAAUUAGUAGUCCUGCUGUCUAGAUAGGCUUGUGCAAGCCUCUCAUGAAUAAUAUUGAGCAUUUCACCCUGCUAUCUAGGGGUGAGCUGGGGAACCAUUGUUGAUCUGGAAAUUUGGUCUUCCAUGAUUUAAGUAUAACAGGUUAAAGAAAGAAGGCCAAAAUUUUACAAAAUGGGUGUCUAAAGUUAUGUUCCUAAAUCUGUACUUCAGCACCUACGUAAGUGGCCUGAUUUUUCAUAAGUACUGAGCACACAGCAGCUCCCACUAAAGGCAAAGGGGAUGCUUGGUACUUUUGAAAACAAGGCUAGUUAUUUAGGUGCCUAUGCCCCCUUUAACUUCAGGAACCCAGUUUUAAAAAUCUUGUUUAAGGCCUGUAAUACUAGUUACUUUGUGAAAUUCUAACUUGAACUAAUUAUUGGUUUCAGCUUCAGCUGAUGUGUUGGCUGUAAUCAUUUGAGCAUUAAGAAUUAUUGGAAUUUGCUUGGUUCAGAAUGUCUGGGAGACCGAGAAUGUUUUGUAAUGUACAUUUCUACCAUGCUCACUAUUUCAGUGAAUAAACACAUAAUUAAUCCACAUUAUCUUUAAAUUGUGAUGUAGCUUUUGAAAAAAAAAGUUAUAUUUUUGAGAUAGCUUAGAGGGAUGCUUUCUUUUUCACCAAACCAUUUUGUGUGCAUUUGCCUUUAGUACCUAUGCUCCCUAGUCAGUGUUUAAACAAAACAAAACCAAACAAACAAAAAAAUCAAGGCUAGCGUAUCACCAUUGAGAUCUUUUGAAUAUGAUUAUUAUAUUAACUCAAGGGUUUACCACCACUUAAAUGUGCCCCUAGUUAAUGAGGAAAAAGGUAAACCCUAACCUUUUAUAGUAAAUUUGCUCGUUAAUCUCCCCCAUUCCUUCUUUUUAUUUUUUAAAACUUGGCACACAGCCUGCUUUUAAAGGCAACAGUAUUCAUGUUGUAAAAAGGGACAGACAUAAUCCAAUCUCUGUUUCUCAAUUUAAAAAAAAGUUAGUGUUGGGUUCCUGUUUAGCUAUCUCAGUUUUCUUCCUGGUCCUAAGAGGAGCCCUAUUUCCUUAUUAGGAGCCAGAAGCAGCAAAGUGCUAAGCACUUCAUGAAAUGUGCUGAGCACCAUCAGUUCUCAUUGGGAGCCCAGCAUGCUCAAUACUUGCCAGUUCAGGCAGAUUUGCAAAAGAACUCAGCACCUAUUUAAGCACCAAAGUAAAUGGCCAGAUUUUCAAAAUUAAGCCAUUAGCACUGGGUGCGCUGAGCACUUUUGAAGGUCUGGCUGUAUAGAUUCAGCUGGAGGGAAGCAAUUACUGAUACUGCAGAAAGAGGCAGUUACUAUUUCAGAAAGCUCACUAGCCUCAGGGACCUGUGGCAAUUCAAGACCUGAUGAUUUGCUGUCUACUUUCAUAUGCUUUAUGCCAUUGGAAAACAGUGAUAUAUAGCAGUCAGUAAUUCCUAGUCCUGGUGGUUUAUGACUUUAACACUCUCGGAGUAUGUCUACACAGGGAUAAAAGACCCAUAGCAUGGCCGCAAUUAACCCAGGUCAGCUGACUUGGGGUUGGGCUGCGAGGCUAAAAAUCAUUAUGUAGACAUCUGGGCUCAGGAUGAAGCCUGAGCUCUAGGUCCUUCCAGUCUACACAGAGAUUUUUUUCAGCCCUGGAACCUGAGGCCCGCAAGUCCAAGUUAGCUGAACUGGACCAGCUGUGAGGUUUUUUUUAUCCCUUCGUAGACAUACUGUUUGGGCCCUGAGAUUUGCAGUCCUGUCUUCUUGCUCUUGAGACCUUUUUUCUGCAGCAGCAAAUACUGCCUUUUUACUGAUCAUCCACAUCAGAGAUGGAGCUUCUCCGUACACUCAGGAAGCAAAGGAUAAAAUUAAACAAGUACAAAUUAAAUUAGGUUAAAAAACAUACAUAUACCAAUACUGGUCUUUAACUCAACGUGACCACUUCUUCAUAAAGUGAGGGUUGGCUUGAGGGUAUGAUGUCAGCAGCUCUUUCUGAAAUACACAAUUCUGCACCUUAUGUCUUUUGUUUCAUAAAGGACUAACUGAAGAAAAAUCAUGCAUUUUUAAAAUAGGAAUGUCAUUUACAAGAAUGUUUUGCCUUUAUUGAAAUAUUUUUUUCUUGACCAAAAAAGUCGGGAAUUGGGCUCAAUUCUUCAGACAUAGGCAUGUGUUUAGCUUUACAUAGAUGAGUAGUCCAUUGAAAUAAAAUGAAAAGCUAUGCCAACUAUUUAAAAGUCUAUUCACAUGUAAAGUUAAAUGUGUGCUAAAAUGUUGGUAGGAUUGGGGCCUUAGAGAACUUGCUUUCCCUCCACCUCUCUCCAAUAAAGUACCUUGUUAAUUUAUUCUAAUAAGCAUGUUAUGUCACAGUUGCAACACUCAAGUAGCGUGGAAAGGGUAAAGAAGAAAACACAAAAGGAAAGGUAUGUCAGCUGUUUAAAACUAAGUUAACCAAUGUUUUAUAAGUAACAGUUUGAGAUUUUAAUGUUUGUAAGACAAUCUGAAAAUGUUUAAAAUAAACACUAGUGACUACUUUUGUUAUGGCAUCUGUAUUUUAUUUUUCUUGGAUUGCUAAAUAAUCUACAAUUUCAGCAUGUGUAAGAUGUUAAAAUAAGUACAUACUCUGUCUGAAGUAAACCUAAAGAAAUUACAUUGAUGGCAUCUGUAAUCUUAAUAAAAUAUAGUACUGUUAAACAGGUGGCAGAAAAAUAGACCAUUGAGCACUGCUUCCCUGGACUUCCCCUCUCCCCAAAUUUCAGUUUGUUUGUGCUUUUUAAAAAAGUUUUAAGGAUCAAAUUCAAAUAAUAUUUAGAUUAUAAUUGAGUUGAUAGCUGGGGGAAAACCACUUUCUACUUGAAGUGCUAUUCUUUAUAUAGUGCAUGGGGGCAGGAAAGAUUGGUGUAAGCAUAAAAAAUGAAAUGUUACAUAGAACUGCAGUGGGUAGUUAUACUUUAUAGAAGGUUUUUAUUUCCUCAGUGAACCCACCUAACUAACAUUUAAUGCAGGUUAUGGGAUUAGAUGGAGGGAAUAGCAAACCUCCCAGUCUAAUUUUCUUUUUUCCUGUGUAUUAUUUUGCAGAGCUUUAAAAAAUGAAUUCUUAUAAGUUGAAGAAUGUUAAUUCCACUGCAGUUUCAUUACUUUCCAGCCUUGUUUGAGAUGGUUGUGUUUUGAAAAGAAUAUUUCCAGUAAGUUAAUGGAAAGUUAUUUGCAAAUUCUUCUGUGUGUGCUGUAGCAGUUGGAAGUAUUCUGCCUAUUUAAAAACAUAGAGAGUUUUUAUGUACAUUUUUGGUUAAUUGUCUAAUAUUCACCCCAAGGCUGCUAUAACAUUCUUAGAAUAAUUUAAGUUUGCCUUUUAUAACUAUUUUAAAAAGCUUUUGGUUUUUGGCAGAAGGUAACUUUUCCUUGCUAUGGAUACAAUAUGUUCAGACGUGUAUGUGCUCCUGUUCUGUUUUUAAACUGAAAAAAUGUACAAAGUGUGUAUAAGAAAAGUGUAAAUAAAAUAUUUUUCAUCUUUAAGCA